UGCCGCAAGCGCAAUCGCCAUCAUUUUCCACGCGUUUCGUCUGUUUCUGUGGUCUGUUUGCAGAACUGGCAAUAUUGCAACGAUUAAAACAGAAACAUGCCGGAAACACCAGAAGAUUUUGUACAGACUCUAUCAAUGAAUCUCAAGCAAGAUAAGUUCGAAACUUCGAACGACAUUGCAAAGUUCCUAGUGAAUGUCUUGGUGAAUUUGAUCAAGCAUCGUGAAUGGAAGACCGCCCAGGAUCUCCUCUGCAUUUUGCGAUCCGAAGGGCAGAAAAUGAUCAAAGUUGACCCAACUGAAACUGCAAUCGGAAAUAUCGUGCGUAGGAUACUCAAAAUUGUCAGAGACGACUAUAUUAGCGUCGAAUGCGGACGACAGAUCGAAGGUGACAGCGAUUCUUUACAAAAGAUGUUGCUAAGCCAGGAAGACACAGUUGGCACAUAUACAAAGCAUUUUCCUAAUCUGAAACAACGGGUUCUGGAAAGCAUCGACGAGUUCGAACGUGAGCUCGAUCUAAACACUGAGAACAUUGCAGCUCAAGCCUUGGAACACAUUCACUCCGGCGAAGUUAUCCUCACAGCUGGCAAGUCGCGGACAGUCGAGGCCUUUCUUAAGAAGGCUUCUGCGAAACGCACUUUCCACGUUAUCGUUGUGGAACUUGCUCCGUUUUACACGGGGCACGAAUUAGCACGAAGCUUGGCCAAAGCUAAUAUCAAAACGACAUUAAUCCCAGAUUCUGCUGUGUUUGCUAUGAUGCCUAGAGUAAACAAGGUUAUCAUAGGAACGCACAGUGUCAUGGCAAACGGUGGCCUCAAGGCGCAGUGUGGAGUGCAUGCUGUAGCUCUAGCAGCCAAGCACUAUUCGGUUCCAUUAAUUGUGUGCGCCCCUGUGUUUAAGCUCACGCCUCAGUACCUAUGCUCUGAGGAUCAGGAGGCGUUCAACAAGUUUGUAUCUCCCGAAAAAGUCGUCGGGUUCGAAACAGGUGCGAUGUUGAACGACGUGGAACUGGUGAACCCCGUGUUCGACUACGUUCCUCCGGACCUGGUGCCACUGUUCGUGUUUAACAUUGGCGGAAAUGCUCCGUCGUACGUUUACAGGUUGUUGAGUGAGCUUUACCACCCAGAUGAUUAUUUUCUUACUGCUAAUUAACGGCAAUAAGACAUUGUACCAAUUAAUAAAUCUAAUUUUCACAAAUAUGUCCUUGCUGUACCAGGGGUAGUCUGAAAAAAAACAAGUGUGCCGAAUGAAUGAUGUUCAACUGUACUGCUCUAAGGAGGCUAUUCAUUUCGCAUAUUGAGAGGUGCUCUUCUCAUGAACUGGUUCCUGCAACCGUGUAAUCACAGAGUGACAUUCUCGUGGAAUAUUCUAGUGGAAGAAAAAGCAAACUGCUCGCAGGGUGGAAGUUCCACCGUGUGUUAUGCUCUGCAUUCACACGGUGCUGGAAUGUCGGAAGUUCUGUGUUGUGAACACAGCAGACGACAUCGUCUGCGCUUUUUCCAGUUGUCUGCUAUGGAACAUCUUGGGGUAUUUGUCAUGAUUAGCAGUGCACAAAGAGACCAUCCAAUGUUCGCACUUAUGCAGCAACAAAAAAGUUAUUUUUUUUGCAUCUUCUGCUGGAAUAUUCUGGGGAAUGUCACUCGUGUGAAUACACUGUAAUACGACAGAAUUCUAAAUUGAUAUUAAUUUAUAAGUUUAUAUUUCCCAGCACACGGAUUCGAGAAGGCUCUGUUACUGCAACAAAAUUCAAUUCAUGUUUGGUACCUGGAUAUGUUCCCCUGGUGUUUCACGUGCUUGUGAUACCGCACACCUUAAAUUUACGCACAUUUAUGUUUCUUACGCACGAAGUCUUGGGGGCUAUUCACAUCAGGUGCUCAGGUCCCAUUGUAUCACUACCUGUCAUCAAUGACUCCAUGCCACAGUGUGCAGUUCUAUAUUUUGACAUUUUUGUCCACACACAAUAAAAAGAAAAACAGCAA